UGAAGUAUGAGCAAUAUGAAAAUAAUUCCCUUUGUGAUAGAAUACAGAUCAUAAACGCUGCUCUGAAACAGUCACAAAAAGAGCCGCAGCGUGGCAAAGCAAAGCUGAAAAACAGAAUCACUAUAAUGACUUCGGAGCUUGAAGAACACAAGAAGGUGAUUGAGAAGCUCCAGAUAGAUCAGCAUGCAUCCUCCAGCCAGCACCAAAGAGAAAUCUCAGAGCUGCUUGUGUUGAAUACUGCCUCAGUUACAGCAAUACAGGACCGCCUCACUGAGUGGCAGGAGGAAAGUCUGAAAAAAGACAAAGACAUUGAAUCCCUGCACUCAAAUGUUCUGAAUCUCCAAAGCGACAUUGUAGCCAAGGUCAGCAUUGUUACCUCACUACAGGAGAUAGUGAAUAAGUGUGCCUCAGACCUCAAAGAGGAAGAAACAAAAAGCAGCUCACUGCAGAGGGACUACGAGGCUGCUGUCUCUCAACAGAAGAAGGAAGCAGAAGAACUGGCCCGUUUGACUCAGGGGAACCAACACCUCGCCUAUGAGAACAAAAGACUGCAAAGUGAACUGGAGGCUGCUCUCAAACAGCACAUUGAAGAGAAGAAGCUUCAGGGCGACAGAGGAGCUUGCAGCAGACUGGAGGAGGCCAUUAAGAAGGAGGAGGCUCGUUUCUCCAGAGCCUCAAAGAAGAUCCAGAGCCAAGAGAAAGAGCUGUCUGAGAAGACCCUGGCUUCUGAGGGACUGCAGAGGGACUACGAGGCUGCUGUCUCUCAGCAGAAGAAGGAAGCAGAAGAACUGGCCCGUCUGACUCAGGGGAACCAACACCUCGCCAAUGAGAACAAAAGACUGCAAAGUGAACUGGAGGCUGCUCUCAAACAGCACAUUGAAGAGAAAAAGCUUCAGGACGACAGAGGAGCUUGCAGCAGACUGGAGGAGGCCAUUAAGAAGAAGGAGGCCAUUAAGAAGGAGGAGGCCAUUAAGAAGGAGGAGGCUCGUUUCUCCAGAGCCUCAAAGAAGAUCCAGAGCCAAGAGAAAGAGCUGUCUGAAAAGACCCUGGCUUUGGAGGGACUGCAGAGGGACUACGAGGCUGCUGUCUCUCAGCAGAAGAAGGAAGCAGAAGAACUGGCCUGUUUGACUCAGGGGAACCAACACCUCGCCAAUGAGAACAAAAGACUGCAAAGUGAACUGGAGGCUGCUCUCAAACAGCACAUUGAAGAGAAAAAGCUUCAGGACGACAGAGGAGCUUGCAGCAGACUGGAGGAGGCCAUUAAGAAGGAGAGGGCUCGUUUCUCCAGAGCCUCAAAGAAAAUCCAGAGCCAAGAGAAAGAGCUGUCUGAGAAGACCCUGGCUUCUGAGGGACUGCAGAGGGACUACGAGGCUGCUGUCUCUCAGCAGAAGAAGGAAGCAGAAGAACUGGCCCGUUUGACUCAGGGGAACCAACACCUCGCCAAUGAGAACAAAAGACUGCAAAGUGAACUGGAGGUUGCUCUCAAACAGCACAUUGAAGAGAAGAAGCUUCAGGGCGACAGAGGAGCUUGCAGCAGACUGGAGGAGGCCAUUAAGAAGGAGGGGGCUCGUUUCUCCAGAGCCUCAAAGAAGAUCCAGAGCCAAGAGAAAGAGCUGUCUGAGAAGACCCUGGCUUUGGAAAAGAGCCUGACAGCCGAGAAACUCCUAAAGUCGUCUCUCAAAAGUGAGAAGAAGCGAUUUGAGAAGGUGUGUGGAAAGCAGGCGUCAGCUGGACCUCUUUCAAUCCUCACUCAACUGAGAGAAGCAUCUGCGUACGACAUGCAGACAUUAAGGACGGAAAAUGCUGACAUCAGGGCUAAAUUCCUUGUCCUGGAGAGAGAAUAUGACAGAGAAAGAUUUGAACUCCGCUCUCUCUCUGCGUGCCAUGAAGAGAUGCUGUCAAGGAAAAAUGAUAGCAUUUCUGACAAUCAGUUUAUCAUCACUAAUCUACAGUGCAUUGUAAAUGAGUUCAAAGCAAAGGAGUCAAAGAUCAAGAUGAGACAGGCCGAUCUCGAAGAAGCCCUUAAACAGGAAAAGACAAGAAACUCUGAGCUGCACCAUACUGUUGAUCAGAUCUCCUCCGGUUUGGAAAAAGAAAGGACCAGGUGUGAGAAGCACCGCGUCGAGCUUCAAGAAGCUUUGAAGAAGCAGAUCGCAACUCUGGAGGAAAACAACAAAUUGACCUUGUCUCUGCAGAAGGCUCAGGAAACCUUCCCCAGGCUUCAGGAAAAACAACGUGCAGAGACAAACUACAACUUCGGAAACAUCAGUGACUCCGAGUUCAGGCUCAGGGAGCAGAAAUAUUCCCUGGAUAAGAGCAAUAAGGCGCUGUACCACCUGCAGCAGGAGUACACCAAUCUAGGGAGGAGGCACUGCGACAUCAACGCUGAGUAUCGCGAGCUGCUCAAAACUCACACUGCCCUCCAAGACAGACAUGAGAGGCUCAGCUAUGCUCAAGGAAACCCACGCCCAGACUUCAGUCCAUAUCUCUUCCAGUCAAAUUGUACAGCACACUAGAAAAUUAUCCUCCAAGGAAAUGUUUAGUGUGCGACUGGCACCGACGCAAAUAUGUUUUUAUUGUUAUAAUUUUGACUAUGUAUUUUUUUUAAAUGUAUUAUCUUUUUAAUUUUCACACGACAUCUGUUGCAUGUCUGUCCGCUAUUGCUUUCCCCAAGGUUUCUUCCAUUUUCCCCCAUGGUAACUGUCAGUUUUCUUUGGAAAUUGUUCCUUGUCCGAUGUGAGGUCUAAGGACAGAGGGUGUCUUUUUAUGCUAUUUAUAUUCUGUACGAACUGUAAAGUCCCCCGAGACAAAUGUAAAAUGAGUGAUAUUGGGCCAUAUAAAUAAACGUUGAUUGAUUGAUAACAUAUGGGGGCUGGGCAAAGCGUCACCAAUAAAAAAGGUAAGUCUCAACUGCACAUUGAUGAGAAGAAGCUUCAGGGCGACAGAGGAGCUAACAGCAGACUGGAGGAGGCCAUUAAGAAGGAAAAGGCUCGUUUCUCCAGCGCCUCAAAGAAAAUCCAGAGCCAAGAGAAGAAUCUGGCUUUAGAAGAGAGCCUGACAGAUGAGAAACUCCUGAGGUCGUCUCUCACAAAUGAGAAGAAGCGCUUUGAGAAGAUGGUUGGAAAGCAGGCUGUAGCUGGACCUCUUUCAAUCCUCACUAAAUUCCUAAGGUUGUCUCUCAAAAGUGAGAAGAAGCGAUCACAUAUUGUCCCUUGUCAAAGUCCCAGGAAAGGUGAAGUUUAGUCAACAAUCUCAACACAUGGUCCUUUGAGUAGCUUUAGUGGUGAUAUUACUAAUACCACAUUAUUGUUGUUAUGUUUUAUUUUCAUGUUUAUCAAUUUUCUUCAAUCAAUAAAUGUUGAGUCAUCAACCAUUUACAUUUCAAGAAUUUGCGAUGGAUGUUUUUCUGAAAGUGGCAGAGUGCAACAACA